GAUGAAUAUGACAAAAGUAACUGAUUUACCAGCAGUGAGUUUAAUUUGGGUUUCUGCGUGGACACUGCAAGGAAUCCAAGCUCGUGGAGUUUCGAAUUCCAUGAGCUAGCUAGCCAUUACCAUAUCAUGCCUAACUACUCCUCCAAGUUCCACGGCCACAACGUCGCCGCCUUCUCUUUUCGCAGAUCCACCAUUUUUCUCGUCCUCUCCGCCCUUCUCCUCAGCAUCGCCACUUUUCUCUUUUUCCGUCCAUUUCAGGGAAACCGCUGCCUCAACGCCAAUCCUAGAUCAGUUAAAGUCGUCUGGGAACAUUCCACCGCCGCCGGAACUCAUGACCUCCCCAACCGCCACAAGGUUAUGGGUUUUGUGGGGAUUCAGACCGGAUUCGGAUCUGUUGGGAGGAGAGAAUCGCUCAGAAAGACUUGGUUCCCGUCCGAUCAACAAGGCCUUCAACGCUUGGAAGAAUCCACUGGUUUGGCUUUUAGGUUUGUCAUUGGUAGAACAAGUGAUACUUCAAAGAUGUCUGCACUCAAAAAUGAAAUAGCAGAAUAUGAUGAUUUCAUUCUCUUGGAUAUUCAAGAGGAGUACAGUAAGCUCCCAUACAAAACGUUAGCUUUCUUUAAAGCUGCUUAUGCUCUCUAUGAAGCUGAGUUUUAUGUCAAAGCUGAUGAUGACAUAUAUUUAAGACCUGAUCGUCUUUCAUUACUGCUGGCAAAAGAGCGGUCUCAUACUCAGACUUACAUUGGAUGUAUGAAAAAAGGACCUGUUUUCACUGAUCCAAAACUCAAAUGGUAUGAGCCACUAUCACAUUUGCUUGGAAAGGAAUAUUUUUUUCAUGCUUAUGGUCCUAUAUAUGUGCUUUCUGCUGAUGUUGUUUCAAGCUUGGUUGUUCUUCGAAAUGAUAGUUUCCGGAUGUUCAGCAAUGAAGAUGUUACUAUUGGAGCUUGGAUGCUCGCAAUGAAUGUCAAACAUGAGAACAAUCUCGAACUUUGUGCUACAGACUGUACGUCCACGUCCAUUGCUGUGUGGGAUAUUCCCAAGUGUUCAGGCCUGUGUAAUCCAGAAAAGAAAAUGUUGGAGCUCCAUCAAAAGGAGAGCUGUUCUCAGAGUCCAACGCUAGAAUCUGAUGAUGAUUAAAAUUUGUGGGUGCAUUAUUUGGGCAAACCAAUAUGUUUCAGAAGUUGUGGAGGAAGUUCUUGUCAUUUCUUAAUGCCAGAAGAUGCUGCCAGUGCCAUUCUUUUCCGUUCAUCGAUCAUUCGGUUCACCUUUCUUAUCGAUUAAAGAUAGUUGGUUGAGUUUUCUUUCAUUUUUUGCUCUAUAUUUUCCCCAUAUACUGGGAGAGGGUAGUGUUGCAUGACAGUAAGGUUUUAUGAAGAAGGCUUUUUUAGAUACGACGUAACUGGAUCAAGGGAUCAUUAUAGUUGACUGUAGUUUACAGAUUACUGAUUUUUAUACAUGCAAUUUUGGAAUUAUACAUCUACUGGUAAAUGUUAUACUCCUUUAUGGAUUGUAAAAUUCGCAA